UGUAAAAUGUAAAGUGUGUUAAUGUCUUGAUCAAUCUUUGCUCACUAUCUUUCUCUCUCCUCUCAGUUUUCCACAGAACCCUAACUCUCACUUUCUCUCUCCUAAUUCGAGAAAGAAGCAAAGAAAAGAGGUGAAAAUGGGGACAUUGGGAAGAGCUAUAUACACAGUAGGGUUCUGGGUCAGAGAGUCUGGUCAAGCUCUUGAUCGUCUUGGUUGUCGUCUACAGGGCAACUACUUCUUCCAGGAACAAUUGUCUCGGCAUCGGACUCUCAUGAAUGUUUUUGACAAGAAGCCUAUGGUUGAUAAGGAGGCAUUUGUUGCACCAAGCGCAUCUAUCAUUGGAGAUGUUCGUAUUGGUCAUCGUUCCUCAAUCUGGUAUGGAUGCAUUUUAAGAGGUGAUGUGAACUUUAUUAGUAUUGGGUCUGGGACAAAUAUUCAAGACAAUUCUCUUGUUCAUGUGGCAAAAUCCAACCUAUCUGGGAAAGUAUUGCCAACUAUUAUCGGGGACAAUGUUACUGUGGGUCAUAGUGCGGUAUUACAUGGAUGCACUGUUGAGGAUGAGGCAUUUAUUGGUACGGGUGCUACUUUGCUCGAUGGUGUUCUAGUUGAGAAGCAUGGCAUGGUUGCAGCUGGAUCUCUUGUACGACAGAACACAAGGAUCCCUUGUGGGGAGGUUUGGGCUGGGAAUCCUGCAAAAUUUUUGAGGAACCUCACAGAAGAAGAGAUGGCUUUUAUUUCUCUGUCAGCCAGUAACUAUUCUAAUCUAGCACAGGUUCAUGCUGCCGAAAACGCCAAGAGCUUUGAUGAGACUGAAUUUCAAAAGGUGCUUCGCAAGAGAUACACUCCUAAAGAUGAGGAAUACAACUCAGCAGAGCUUGUUAUUUCUGACAACACUACCAGAUAAAUCUGCACCUAUGGCUUUCUACUUGGGCACCCCUCCUAGGCUUGCUACCAUUUUGGAAUAUGUUGCAGGUGAUUUUGUUGGUUUUCCUCCGUCUGUGGUGAUGGUCACUUUACCUUUUAUGAUAGUAUAAACACGUUGGCUAAUUUAAAGGCUAGGACACAACGAGCCAUUGUGGCCUUCGCCUAUCAGUCUUGCACACCUCAGAAUCUUGGGAACUUAGUUGAUAAUACUGCCAGUCUGAAUGUAGGUGUCAAAUUAUCAUAAAUUGCCCUUUCCAGCUGCCUAUGUUUUCAUAAGUGGCAGAAGAAACCUGGUGCGGGUUUGAGUUAAGCAAUUGGUUUAUUUUGAUUUUAGCUCUCUUCAUUGAGAGGCAGGGAAAAGUUUGAAAAGUGUAGUAAUGGAGAAAGUUGAAAUUCAUCUAGCUUGCUAGUUGCUAAAUGUGAAUCUCGCUGAGUGGAUAUUUUAAUAUAUUAUACUACCCUAUGGGCAUUUGCUGAA